CCGCGGCCGCGGCGGCUGCAGGGCGAGCCGAGAGGCUCAGCCAUAUUUGAUGGUUUUGUUGCUUUGCUCAGGAGUUCUCGGGAGUAAUGUAAUGCCGAAGGUCGCUGCCUAGUGGAAAUAAUAUAGUACGUCAUUAAUAUGGCGCCAAAAGAUUGGGCUGUGGAUCUGUAGCGCGGAGGGAGGAGGCGGCCGCCCGCGCCGUGGUACUAUCCCACCAGCAACUUGGGCAUCACCGGGCUGGGGCCGGCGACGAGGCCGGGAUGGCCGCGGAGCUCGAGAAUUGAUCGGUGUUGGAUCAGCUGCCUGCUGUCUCCCGGGGAGAUCAUGAAACGAGGUCGCCUUCCCAGCAGCAGUGAGGAUUCUGACGACAAUGGCAGCUUGUCAACGACAUGGUCCCAGCAAUCUCGGUCCCAGCAUGGGAGGAGCGCCUGCUCUAGACAUGAAGACCGGAAGCCUUCUGAGGUGUUUAGGACCGAUCUGAUCACUGCCAUGAAGUUGCAUGACUCCUACCAGCUGAACCCUGACGAGUACUACGUGCUGGCAGAUCCCUGGAGGCAGGAAUGGGAGAAAGGAGUCCAGGUGCCUGUGAGCCCAGGGACCAUCCCGCAGCCUGUGGCCAGGGUUGUGUCUGAAGAGAAAUCUCUCAUGUCCAUCAGGCCCAAGAAGAACAUUGCAUCAUCAGUCCCGGAGCCAUCAGAGUUGGGCUACGUUGAUAUCCGGACGAUGGCAAACAAUGUUUGUCGAUACGACCUCAAUGAUAUGGAUGCCGCGUGGCUGGAACUCACCAAUGAAGAGUUUAAGGAGAUGGGGAUGCCUGAGCUGGACGAGUACACCAUGGAAAGGGUCUUGGAGGAAUUCGAACAGCGAUGCUAUGAUAACAUGAACCACGCCAUAGAGACGGAAGAGGGCUUGGGGAUUGAGUACGAUGAAGAUGUCGUCUGUGACGUCUGCCAGUCACCUGAUGGUGAGGAUGGCAACGAGAUGGUAUUCUGUGACAAGUGUAACAUCUGUGUGCACCAGGCUUGCUAUGGAAUCCUCAAGGUGCCAGAGGGCAGUUGGCUAUGCCGCACAUGCGCCCUGGGAGUUCAGCCAAAAUGCUUGCUAUGUCCCAAGAAAGGUGGCGCUAUGAAGCCUACCCGCAGCGGAACCAAGUGGGUCCACGUCAGCUGUGCUCUGUGGAUCCCUGAGGUAAGCAUUGGCAGCCCUGAGAAGAUGGAGCCCAUCACGAAGGUGUCUCACAUCCCCAGCAGUCGGUGGGCGCUCGUGUGCAGCCUUUGCAAUGAGAAGUUCGGGGCCUCCAUCCAGUGCUCUGUGAAGAACUGCCGGACGGCCUUCCAUGUGACCUGUGCUUUUGACCGCGGCCUGGAGAUGAAGACCAUCUUAGCAGAGAACGAUGAAGUCAAAUUCAAGUCCUACUGCCCAAAGCACAGCUCACAUAGGAAACCUGAGGAGAGCCUGGGUGAGGGGCCAGCGCAGGAGAACGGGGCCCCCGAGUGUUCUCCUCAGAGCCCUCUGGAGUCCUUUUCCAGUCUGGAACAGAAUCGAGGGGAGGCCCACCGGGUGAGUGUUCGCAAGCAGAAGCUACAGCAGCUGGAGGAUGAGUUCUACACCUUUGUCAACCUGCUGGAUGUGGCCAGGGCCCUGCGACUGCCUGAGGAAGUGGUGGAUUUCCUGUACCAGUACUGGAAGUUGAAGAGGAAGGUCAACUUCAACAAGCCCCUCAUCACCCCAAAGAAAGACGAAGAGGACAAUCUAGCCAAGCGGGAGCAGGAUGUCUUGUUUAGGAGGCUGCAGCUGUUCACGCACUUGCGGCAGGACCUGGAGAGGGUUCGGAACCUCACUUACAUGGUGACCCGCAGGGAAAAGAUGAAACGAUCUGUGUGCAGAGUCCAGGAACAGAUUUUCAAUCUUUACACUAAGCUCUUGGAGCAAGAAAGAGUUUCAGGUGUGCCUUCUUCCUGCGCCUCACUGGAGAACAUGCUCCUGUUCAACAGCUCUUCUGUGGGCCCUAAUGCUCCCAAGAUAGAGGACUUGAAGUGGCAUUCUGCAUUCUUCAGGAAACAAAUGGGUACUUCCUUGGCUCAUUCGCUGAAAAAAUCCCAUAAGCGAGAUCCAUUGCAGCGUAAUCCUGGGAGUGAGGGCAAGACCCCGACAAAGCAACCAGGUUUGUGUGGUAGAAGGGGCGGGCCGGGGGUCCCAGAAAGCUUUCUGAGCUUUGAAAAGACUUUUGCAGAAGCACGUCUCAUAUCAUCAGCACAACAGAGAAAUGGUGUGGUGACACCAGACCAUGGGAAAAGAAGAGACAAUCGUUUUCAUUGUGAUCUCAUUAAAGGAGACUUAAAGGACAAAUCUUUUAAACAGAGUCACAAGCCUCUCAGGUCCACAGAUACAUCCCACAGGCAUCUGGACAACACAAGAGCUGCCACCUCCCCUGGAGUAGGGCAGUCAGCACCUGGCACCAGGAAGGAGAUUGUGCCCAAGUGCAAUGGCUCCCUAGUCAAAGUGCCUACAACACCUGCCAGCCCAGCGAAAAGCUGGGGAGGAUUCCGGAUUCCAAAGAAAGGGGAACGGCAGCAGCAAGGAGAAGCCCAUGAGCCCUGCCACCAGCACUCAGACUCUUCCCACCUGGGCUUAGGCCGAGUUCCAACCAAGGAAAAGGCAAAGAACAGGUUAAGAUCUGACAGUGAGAAUGAUGGGUACGCCCCUGAUGUGGAAAUGAGUGACUCAGAGAGUGAGGCGUCAGAGAAGAAGUGUAUCCAUGCCAGCAGCACCAUCAGCAGGAGGACAGACAUCAUCAGGAGAAGCAUCUUGGCCUCUUGAUGAAACAGCUGGUGUGGAAGCACAUGGCUCGUUGCCGGCCAUGCUGAGAGCUCUGAUAGGGGGGCCAGCAAAAACUCAUUGUUUCUGAGCUAUACCAACAUAUUUCCUUGCAAUUCAGAUUGAAUUUUUUCCAGAGUCAUUUAUAAAUCAUUGUUGUGAGAAGUUUCUGUUAUUUGCAACUUGUUGAGGAAACAGAGUAGAUUUUGACCGUAAGACACUAAGGUGAGGACCUGAACUAACACUAAGAAAAGGAAUGAAGUAACUUUAAAGAGGGCCAGGCUUCAAUAGCACCAUGCAUUUUUGUCCUCUACGUUUUUCCCAAAGCACAAACUCUGAAUACUCUUACAGAGUCAGAUAGAAUUCUGUGUAAUGAAUAACCCUAUUUAUAGAAGCCCUCACCAUCUAUAGCCCAAGAAGCUUAUUUCUUAGGAAUGGUAAAUGCAGGCAGCAUUUGGCUCCUGGGCUGUGUGGUGUCAAUAGCCAAGGCUCAGAAGCUUCAGCAACACUGGGAUCUUGCACAUGUGGCAUCCAGGGGGAAGAGUUUACCCAACGGCAUUGCGGGAAGGGAGAAGGGACAGCAGAGCUGCUGAAGUCAGAUUUAGGGCCUGGGUAGCAAGGUCCUGAAGCCCUGAGUGGGCUGUGGAUAUAGUAUGGGUGGAAAGGAAGUUGUCAAGAAAGUUGUGUGAGAAAGGGCAGCUGAGGCCCAAGUGUUAACUAGUCUGCUUGACCUUCCUCUUUCCUAACUGCUGGCCUUUGGACCCAAUUGGGAUUUCCCUGGCUAUUGCCAGUACUUGGCCAUCUGGCUUCCAAUAAUACAAUGGUUAUUCAAGUUCAAGUGAUGAACUUCAGACUCUGGUGACUCUCACUCCCCAGAGUUAAGCACUAGUACAUAUUUGGGGAAUCCAAGAUUCUACCAUGAGAGGAUUCCUUAUUCAAAAAAAAACAAAAAACACAAAAAAACAAA